AGUAGUGUCAUGGAACCUAAAGUGAAUUGUAGUGGUUGUGUGAGUCAGGAAGAAGUGUGAAAUAUUUGAGUAUUUUUUAGUGUCUUCAGCUGCAGGUGACAAGGAUCAGCCGCGCUGCUGUGGGAAGCGGGAGUCGCGUCAGACAGUCCCAGAAAUAUGUGGAACAACGUUCAGCUGCUAACAAGCGAUGACACCGGGAGUGGACACGUCAAUUUUGGUUUAAGAAAAGAAAAUGUGACUGCAUUAUACCAAGUAGACUUGCUUGGGAAGAUCUCUUCUGAGAAGGCCUCAUCUAGUCCAAAAAUACAAGCAUGCAGCUUAAGUGAUGGAUUUAUAAUUGUGGUAGACCAGACAGUGAUAUUGCUUGACAACAUAUGCAGAUCAGUUCAGUUGCAUCUUAUUUUUGAUACUGACGUGGAUGUGGUUGGCCUGUGUCAAGAAGGAAAGUUUCUUUUGGUCGGGGAGAGAAGUGGUCUUUUACAUCUUAUUUAUGUAACAUCAAAACAAACAUUAUUCACCAAAGCUUUUGUCGAGAAAGCCAAUGAUGAAUAUCAGCAUACUUACCAGAAUCUUAUUAUUGAGAAAGAUGGUUCAAGUGAAGGUACCUAUUACAUGUUGCUUCUAACGAACAAUGGACUUUUUUAUAUUACAAACCUCCAGCUUUCACAAAUUGAACAGGCGAUUGAAAACACAGACUUGGAUUUGGCCAAGAAGUUGCAAGGACAAUUCAAGUGUAGUUUUAUUUCUACUGAAAAUUACCACAGUCUUGGUUGUCUUAAUCUUGUGGCUGGAGAGUUUGCAAAUGAGACUGCUGUGAUAAUUGGGGGAACUGGUAGCUGUGCAUUCUCAAAAUGGGAACCAGAUUCUACCAAGAAAGAAAUGUCCCUUAAGAACUUUGUGGACACAGAGAUUAUUAAAGGUGUAAAGUCCUUUCAGCUGAUCGACAACCUGCUUUUUGUGCUCGAUACUGCUAACGUGCUAAGCUUGUGGGACGCUUACACUUUCACUCCUGUGUGGAACUGGCCCUCUCUUCCCAUAGAGCAGUUUCUUCUCACCACAGAAGCGGAUUCUCCCUCGUCAGUCACCUGGCAAGGGAUUGCAAACCUCAAAUUAGUCACUCUGACGACUACAACUAAGGAGAAGAUGAGAAACCUCAUCAUUUAUUCUUUGCCUACGAUGGAAAUACUGUACUCUUUGGAAGUAUCUAGUGUUUCUUCUUUAGUUCAAACAGGAAUUAGCACGGAUACUAUAUAUCUUCUGGAAGGAAUUUACAAGAACGACUUUAACCUGUCUGAAGACUCCGUCUCUGAUUUAGUACUUAGGUACCUUACAGAGGUAUUACCAGAAAACAGACUGAGCCGAUUACUUCACAAGCACCAAUUUGCUGAAGCUGAGAGCUUUGCCAUCCAGUUUGGACUGGAUGUUGAGCUUGUUUAUAAGGUCAAAUCAAAUGAUAUUUUGGAGAAACUGGCUUUGAUUUCUUCGGACACCAGUGAGCAGACCAUAUGGCAGCAGCUUGUAGAAGAAGCUAAAGAAAAUCUCUGCAAAAUCCAGGAUGAUGACUUCGUGGUGAAUUUCUGCCUCAAGGCCCAGUGGAUCACCUAUGAGACCACCCAGGAAAUGCUCAGUUAUGCCAAAGCCAGGCUCCUAAAGAAAGAAGACAAAACCCUGCCUACCUAUUCUGACGGCCUCAUGGAGGUGCUAAAGGCUCAUUCAAAAUUAACAACAUUUUAUGGAGCAUUUGGACCAGAGAAAUUCAGUGGUAGCUCUUGGAUUGAAUUUCUGAAUAAUGAAGAUGUUCUCAGAGAUAUUUUUAUGCAGCUAAGGGAAGGAAACCUUGUUUGUGCUCAGUAUCUUUGGCUUAGAUAUCGGGCUGACUUUGAAAGCAAGUUUGACGUGAAAAUGCUGGAGAACUUGCUGAACUCUAUUUCUACACAAGUCUCCUUGGAAGAACUUUGUUCGUGGUUUAAAGAUGAUGUGAUCCCAUUUGUGAGAAGGAUUGUGCCUGAAGGACAAAACAUUCUUGCAAAAUGGUUGGAACAAGCAUCCAGGAACUUAGAGUUGAUUGAUAAGGCAAACUGGCCGGAAAAUGGACUUCAGCUAGCAGAGGUGUUCUUCACAGCUGAAAAGACAGAGAAAGUUGGAUUUGCAUCUUCUUGGCUCUGGAUUUCCUUGAAAGAAUAUCAAAACACAGAGGAAGUCCGACAGUUACAGAUACUAGUGAACAAGUUGCAGGAGCUGAUCACCCUGCAUAAGAAAUACAACUGCAAACUGGCCCUCUCUGAGUUUGAGAAGGAAAAUACGACCACCAUAGUGUUCCGGAUGUUUGACAGGGUCUCAGCGCCAGAGCUGAUCCCCUCUGUCCUUGAGAAGUCUGUGAGAGUUUACAUGCGGGAACACAGUUUGCAAGAGGAAGAGCUUCUUUUGCUUUAUAUAGAGGAUUUACUAAAGAGGUGUAGCUCAAAGUCAGCGACACUCUUUGACACAGCAUGGGAAGCGAAGGCCAUGGCAGUGAUAGGAUGCUUGACUGACACAGACCUCAUCUUUGACGCUGUGCUGAAGAUAAUGUACAAGGCGGUGGUUCCCUGGAGUGCAGCCGUGGAGCAGCUGGUGAAACAGCACCUGGAAAUGAACCACCCCAAGGUCAAAUUAUUGCAGGAAAGUUACAAACUAAUGGAGAUGAAGAAACUUUUGCGAGGCUAUGGAGUACGAGAGGUGAAUCUCUUGAACAAGGAAAUAAUGAGGGUGGUCCGAUACAUUCUCAAGCAAGAUAUCCCAUCUUCUUUGGAAGAUGCUCUGAAAGUGGCCCAGGGAUACAGGCUGUCUGAUGAUGAAAUCUACAGUCUAAGAAUUAUUGAUCUGAUUGACAGAGAACAGGCAGAUGACUGCCUCCUGCUACUGAGGUCGCUGCCUCCUGUUGAAGCUGAAAAAACUGCAGAAAGAGUCAUCAUUUGGGCUCGACUGGCAUUGCAAGAAGAGCCAGACAGUUCUGAAGAGGACAAGGCCUGGAGAAUAUCUGUGACGAAGACAUCGGUGGAUAUUCUCAAAAUCCUGUGUGAUAUCCAGAAAGACAAUCUACAGAAGAAGGAUGAAUCUGAAGAGUUCUUGAAACAAUUUAAAGUGAUUGCAAGCUUACAGGAGAACUUUGAGGUCUUCCUUCCAUUUGAAGAUUACAGCAACAGCACCCUGGUUGCUAGUCUUCGAGAACAGUAUAUUAAGGCACAUGAAGAUGCACAGGCUGAACCUAAACUCAGGGGACCUCCUGGGCCUACCCCAGUCAGGGGGGAGGAUCUGAGCAUCAGGUCAAAGCUGCACAGACAGGCACUGGCCCUACAGGUGUCUGCACAAGAGCUGGAGGAAGAACUGGCCUUGAGAGCCUUAAAGGAUGGGAAGGUGGGAGCAGCACUAAGCAAAUGCAGAGACUUACUUAAGUAUUACUGCAAUGCUGACACGGGGAGAUUGCUGUUUCUGGUGUGUCAGAAGCUUUGUCAUAUGUUGGCUAAUGAUGUUCCAAUGACAGCGCCAGUAGGACUAAAUCUUCCUUCUGAGAUACAUGAUCUCGCGUGCCAUGCUGCUACCCUCUGCAGUACAGAUAUUUUGCUGGAUGCUUUAGAACUAAGUAAAUACACUUUAACCGCUGUGGAGCUCUCCAGACAAUGCCAGAUGGAUGACCGUGGAAUUCUGACGAAAGCCACUUUUGGGACACACAAGGAUCCAUAUGAAGAGUGGUCCUACAGUGACUUCUUCAGUGAAGAUGGAAUCGUUCUUGAGUCGCAGGUGGUGCUGCCACUCAUCUAUGAGCUGAUUUCCUCAGUGGUACCCACGGCAGAAAGCAAAAGACAUCCUUUGGAUUCUACAAGUUUGCCAUACUGUUCUACUAGCAAAGGAGACAGCCUUAUUCUCCCCAUUGUAAGUUCCAUCUCUACUCUGCUCCAGAACCUUCAAGAAUCCAGUCAGUGGGAGCUGGCCCUGAGGUUCGUGGUCGGUUCCUUUGGUACCUGCCUGCAGCACUCUAUGUCAAACGUCAUGAGUAUCAAUUUGAGUGAAAAGUCCUGGCCAAAGGUGCCUUUAGCAACCGUCUUAGAGCUGCUUCUCUGUUACCUCCGGAAAGGCUGCUCUUUCUGGAGGGCUCAGCCCUCAGCGGGGGAGUUGAGCCGAGGGGCCUUCCUUCUGUUUACCCAUGAUGCUUUCCUCCUACAGGUGUUUAGCUGUCGCCUGGUGGAUCUGGACUUGGCCUUGGCUUACUGCACUCUCUUACCUCAAAAGGAUGUGUUUGAGAACCUCUGGAAGCUCAUAGAUAAAGCGUGGCAGAACUACGACAAAAUUCUGGCGUUAUCUUUGGUGGGCUUUCAGCUGGCAAAUCUCUAUCAGGAUAUUGAAACAGGACGUCGGUUCCGUGAAAUCAGUAUUGAUGCUCAGUGGGGUAUUCGUCUUGGUAAACUUGGUAUUUCUUUUCAGUGUGCUUUCAGACAAAAUUUCCUCACCAAGAAAGACCUCCUCAAAGCUCUUGUUAAUAACACAGACAUGGACAUAAGCCUCAUUCUGGAGUAUUGCAGCACCUUUCAGCUGGACUCGGAUGCAGCCCUUCAGCUGUUCAUUGAAACCCUGCUCCACAACACUAACAACCAGAGCCAGGGUGGUGCCAGCCCGGAGGCCACAAAGCAGCAGCAUUCCAGACUCCUGGCAAAAGCCACUGAAAUGAUUCCCUUACUGGCAAGCACAAAGGAUUUGGUGAUCAGUCUUAGUGAGAUCCUUUACAAGCUGGACCCGUAUAAUUAUGAAAUGAUUGAAGUUGUACUGAAAGUUAUAGAGCAAGCCAACGAAAAGAUAACCAGUGUGAACGUUAAUCAGGCUCUGAAUCUUCUGAGACACUUGAAGUCAUACAAAAGAAUCUCCCCCCCAGUGGACCUCGAGUACCAGUACAUGCUGGAGCACGUGAUAACUCUUCCGCCGGCUGCCCAGGCUAGACUGCCUUUUCACCUAAUAUUAUUUGGCACAGCACAGAACUUCUGGAAAAUUCUCUCCUCAGAGCUCAGUGAAGAGUCACUUCCAACUCUGCUCUUGAUUUCUAAGCUAAUGAAGUUCUCCCUAGAUACUCUCUACAUGUCUACCGCCAAACAUGUUUUUGAAAAAAAACUGAAACCAAAGCUCCUGAAGUUGGCACAAGCCAAGUCAUCAGCCCUGAUGAACAAAGAAGUAGACAGGCUCACGCAGACCAUCGAGUCUUACCUCCUCUCCAUAGUCAACCCGGAGUGGGCCGUUGCCAUCGCCAUCAGUCUCACCCAGGAAGUCCCAGAAGGUCCCUUCAAGAUGACUAGUUUGAAAUUCUGUCUGUAUUUGGCUGAAAGAUGGCUACAAAACAUCCCAUCUCAGGAUGAGACAUGUGAGAAGGCCCAAGCCUUUCAGAAGAAGCUUUAUCUCCAGUUCCGGCGCUCGGGAACUGAAGCCGUGCUCAUAGCCCACAAGUUGAAUGUUCCAGAAUAUCUGAGGGUGGUAGGAAAGCCAGCACACCUCAUCGUGAGCCUCUAUGAACAUCCCAGCAUCAGUGAAAGACUUCGCACUUCAUCUGGCAAAGAUUACCCUGAUAUUCAUGCAGCAGCUAAAGAAAUAGCCGAAGUCAAUGAAAUUAAUUUGGAGAAAAUUUGGGACAUGUUGUUGGAGAAAUGGUUGUGUCCCUCAACAAUGCCCGGAGAGAUGAGUGCCUGCCUGCUCACAGCCCAAAAAGCAUCAGAGUUUUUUGGCCUGGAAGAGGAUGAAGCGCUGCACAGAGUCGUCUAUCUCCUCCAGUCUCGUCCGAUUGAUUAUAGUUCAAGAAUGCUGUUUGUGUUUGCCACCUCAGCUACAAGUACACUGGGCAUGCGCCAGUUAACCUUUGCCCAUAAGACACGAGCUCUUCAGUGUCUCCUCUAUUUGGCUGACAAGGAAAUGAUAGAAUCUCUCUUCAAAAAGCCCAUUGAAGAAAUGAAAUCCUAUCUGAAAUGUAUAACUUUCCUGGCAUCAUUUGAGACGUUGAAUAUUCCCAUCACAUAUGAACUAUUUUGCAACAGUCCCAAAGAAGGAAUGAUUAAGGGCUUGUGGAAGAACCACAGCCACGAACCUAUGGCAGUACGAUUGGUAGCAGAGCUUUGUUUAGAAUACAAAAUCUAUGACCUGCAACUUUGGAACGGACUCUUGCAGAAGCUUCUCGGCUUCAACAUGAUUCCUUACCUGAGAAAAGUUUUAUCCUCCAUUUCUAGUGUCCAUUCAUUAUGGCAGGUCCCCUACUUCAGCAAGGCCUGGCAGCGUGUGAUCCAGAUCCCUCUGCUCUCAGCCUCCUGUCCUUUGAGACCCAGUCAGUUAUCAGAUUGCUAUGAGAGUCUCAUCGCCAUUCUAGAAUGCCCAGUUUCGGAUGACCUGGACAUGAUGGGAGUCGCCAAGCAGUAUGUCCAGCUAGAGCUUCCUGCUUUUGCACUGACUUGUCUGAUGCUCAUGCCCCACUCUGAGAAAAGACAUCAGCAGAUUAAGAAUUUCCUGGAGUCAUGUGAUGCUCAGAUUAUUUUACAGCAGUUAGAAGAACAUAUGAACACAGGCCAACUAGCAGGAUUUUCAAAUCAAAUUAGAAGUCUGAUUCUGAAUCAUGUCAUAAAUAAGAAGGAAUUCGGAAUUUUGGCAAAGACAAAAUAUUUUCAAUUGUUGAAACGGCAUAUGAUAAACACCAACAAUAUCACCGAAUUGGUAAACUAUUUGGCAAAUGAUUCAAGUUUAGAUGAAGCAUCAGCUUUGAUCACUGAGUAUUCAAAGCACUGUGGGAAGCCUGUGCCACCAAAUGCAGCUCCCUGUGAAAUCCUGAAGGUAUUUCUUGGUGGAUCAUAGUAAAUCAAACAACCUUUUCAGAAACAAGAGGAAGUUUGGAGUCUGCUACUAACUAAUCAUAUUUAUUGCAGUAUAUAAACUGUGCAAUCUGUAUUUCAUUAUUCUGAAAGGAAUAACUAAGACGUUCAAUAUUAACAUAACUAUUAAGUUUCUCACAUGCUGAAUUAAUAAAUAUUUUAAUAUUG